GAGCCAUGUUGCGCCCAGGUUUGUGAUGUCCGAGCUCUGCAACGGACCAGGACCAGUGGAAGAACAGGGGCGGAGUCGCAGAGACGUUCCCCGGUUUGUGAUUGGGUGUGAAGAUGAUGAGCAAGACAUGGACCAAAUGGAUGCUGGUAUGAAGAAAGAGACAUUUCGGGAAGAAAACAUGGAGGAUGAUGAUGAAAAUGAGUCGCUGUCAGAGCGACAGAUUGUUGUGGGCAUAUGUUCAAUGAUGAAGAAGUCCAAAUCAAAACCCAUGACUCAGAUCUUGGAGAGACUUUGUAAGUUUGACUACAUUGAUGUGGUCAUCUUUCCUGAGGAGGUGAUUCUGGAGGAACCAGUGGAGAAAUGGCCAGUCUGUGACUGUCUCAUCUCAUUCCAUUCAAAAGGUUUUCCUCUUGAUAAAGCUGUGGAAUAUGCCAAGCUCAGGAACCCACUGCUCAUCAAUGAUCUCAACAUGCAGUAUUUCAUUCAGGACAGGAGAGAAGUGUAUCGGAUCCUUCUGGAAGAGGGCAUCGACUUGCCUCGUUACGCCGUGUUAAACCGAGACCCUGACAAUCCUGAAGAGUGUAACCUGGUGGAGGGGGACGACCAUGUCGAGGUGAACGGGGAGGCGUUUCCUAAACCUUUUGUGGAAAAACCUGUGUGUGCAGAGGACCACAACGUCUACAUCUAUUACCCUACGUCUGCAGGAGGAGGCAGCCAGAGGCUCUUCAGAAAGAUUGGGAGUCGCAGCAGUGUGUACUCACCAGAAAGCAGCGUACGAAAAACUGGAUCCUACAUCUAUGAGGAGUUCAUGCCAACAGACGGUACAGAUGUGAAGGUUUACACAGUGGGCCCAGACUAUGCCCAUGCUGAGGCCAGGAAGUCCCCAGCCCUGGAUGGGAAGGUGGAACGAGACAGUGAGGGGAAAGAGAUCCGUUACCCCGUCAUGCUCACCGCCAUGGAGAAGCUGGUGGCCCGAAAGGUCUGCCUGGCUUUCAAGCAAACAGUUUGUGGGUUCGAUCUGCUCAGAGCCAACGGUCAUUCUUAUGUCUGUGAUGUGAACGGAUUCAGUUUUGUCAAAAACUCAAUGAAGUACUACGACGACUGUGCCAAAGUCCUGGGAAACAUGGUAAUGAGGGAGUUAGCCCCUCAGCUGCACAUCCCCUGGUCCAUCCCCAUGGAGGCUGAAGACAUCCCCAUUGUCCCGACAACCUCAGGAACCAUGAUGGAGCUGCGCUGCGUCAUUGCCAUCAUUCGCCAUGGAGACCGAACACCAAAGCAAAAGAUGAAAAUGGAGGUUCGUCAUCCUCUAUUCUUUGAUUUGUUCAAAAAAUAUGAAGGAUACAAGAAAGGCAAAUUAAAGCUGAAAAAGCCAAAACAGCUGCAGGAAGUGCUGGACAUAGCCCGUCUCCUGCUGGUUGAACUGGGGCAGCACAACGACUGUGAGAUUGAGGAGAAGAAGUCAAAACUGGAGCAGCUCAAGACGGUUUUAGAAAUGUACGGUCACUUCUCAGGUAUCAACAGGAAAGUUCAGCUGACCUACCUUAGAAACGGACAACCUAAAGCCUCAAGUGAAGAAGAAGACUGCAAGAAGGACGGUCCGUCUCUGCUGCUGGUGUUGAAGUGGGGAGGGGAGCUGACGCCGGCAGGACGGGUUCAGGCUGAGGAGCUGGGCAGGGCCUUCCGCUGCAUGUACCCUGGAGGUCAAGGUGAUUAUGCUGGGUUUCCAGGCUGCGGCCUCCUGCGCCUUCACAGCACCUACCGCCACGAUCUGAAGAUCUACGCCUCUGAUGAAGGCAGGGUGCAGAUGACCGCUGCAGCAUUUGCCAAGGGUCUGUUGGCUCUGGAAGGCGAACUGACACCGAUCCUGGUUCAGAUGGUGAAGAGUGCCAACAUGAAUGGGCUGCUGGACAGUGACAGUGACUCUCUGACUGGCUGCCAGCAGAGGGUGAAGGCCAGGUUACAUGAGAUCAUGCAGAAGGACCAAGAGUUUACACAAGAGGACUAUCAGAAGUUGGCUCCAACAGGCAGCCCAUCACUGGUGAACUCCAUGAAGGUCAUAGAAAAUCCAGUCAAAACUUGUGACAAAGUUUACGCUCUCAUCCAGAGUCUCACAUCACAAAUCCGAAAGAAACUGGAGGACCCAAAGUCAGCAGACCUGCAGCUUUACCACAGUGAGACGUUGGAGCUGAUGCUACAGCGCUGGUCCAAGCUGGAGAGAGACUUCCGCAUGAAGAACGGGCGCUACGACAUCAGCAAGAUCCCAGACAUCUACGACUGCAUCAAAUACGAUACUCAGCACAACGCCACGCUCAGUCUGGAGGACACGUUGGAGCUAUUUAGACUGUCCCGUGCUCUGGCUGACAUCGUCAUCCCACAGGAGUACGGCAUCAGUAAAGCAGAGAAGCUGGACAUUGCUCAGGCUUACUGUGUUCCUCUGAUGAGGAAAAUCCAGCUAGACCUUCAGAGGACUCAUGAGGACGAGGCCGUCAACAAGCUCCACCCCCUGUAUUCUCGAGGAGUGAUGUCUCCUGGACGUCAUGUCCGUACACGACUCUACUUCACAAGCGAGAGCCACGUUCACUCCCUGCUCAGCAUGUUCCGCUAUGGAGGACUUCUGAAUGAGGAGAAGGACCAGCAGUGGAAACAAGCCAUGGAUUACCUGAGUGCUGUGACUGAGCUGAACUACAUGACUCAGAUCGUCAUCAUGCUGUAUGAAGACAACGAUAAGGACCCCACCUCAGAGGAGCGUUUCCACGUAGAGCUUCACUUCAGUCCAGGAGUCAAAGGGUGUGAAGAUGAAGAGAACGUGCCUCUCGGCUUCGGCUUCCGCCCUGCCUCAUCAGAGAAUGAAGACAAGAAGCCCAAUCAGGGAAGUUUGGAGGACCUUUCCCAGGACCAGACAGACGACGCCCUUUAUGUCUCCGAGCCUUUGAACUUCCAGAGAAAGUUCCCUAUGAUCCGCAACCGGAAGGCGGGCUCCAUGGAGGUCCUCUCCGAGUCCUCCCCCAAUCAUUCCACCAAAAGCUGCAUCCACCAUCGACUCUUCCAUUCUACGUCACGCCAGUCUCCUGAGAUCAAACCGAGUGGUUUAGGCUCGCUCUGCUCUGGCCUCUUCAGUGCCUCAGCCCUCGGGGUGUCCUGUAGCGCCCCCAACCUGCGGGAUUACGUCCGCUCGCACCACCACCGAAAGCCACCUUUGUCCCCCGGCAGUCUGCCGUGCAAGGUUGGCAUGUUUGAGCUGCUCUCUAUGCCGGCAGUAAAGAGAUUUUCUGUGUCGUUUGCCAGGCAUCCGACCAAUGGAUUCGAAGGUUGCUCCAUGGUGCCAUCUAUUUACCCGCUGGAGACACUGCACAACUUGCUGUCCCUCAAGCAGGUGGAAGAGUUUCUCCAAAAAGUGUGCGAGAGCUGUGAAGCUCAAACCAAAACGAUGAAAACCCUCUCUGGUUUAUUCAACUCCCAAAGCCAAACCUCUCUGGACAGUCCACGGCCGCCUCUGUCCUCCUCGGAGUCUGAGGCGUCACUCCAACCACCAAGCCAGCCUCUGUGGCAUGGCAGCAUACCUUCCAGCACCGUCUCCAGUGCGGGCCCCUCAUCCCCAGUCACAGACAGCUCCGGUCUGAACUUCAGCUUUAGCGAGUAGGCCAUCUAUCCACAAAACCUGGAGAACUUGUGAGUGUCUGAGGACGUCACCCCGCCUCAGACCUCAGACUGAUCAUGGACUCCUCUGGUGGGCAUUAACCCCACAACUCUAAUCAUCCCGUCACUGCAGCUCCUGUGGAUCUCCUCCAUUCUCUUUGUUGACAUUUCCAGUGAUCAUAUCCAACAUAAAGCCAGCAGUCCCACCAUCUGUGCCUUUCAGUCACUUUGGAUGCUGCCUCAUUAAAUCAUCAGGUGCCUGCUGCUUCUUUUUCAUUUCAAAUAUUUUUACACCAAACAAGUUCUGAUUUUGAGCUGAAGAUGGUAGUAAGCCCAGGUGAUGUCUGAGUAUCUGCUGUGUGAUUGUUAGAACACUGACGAGGCUGGAAACUAAAAAAAACUUUCAACCAAAGUCAACAAAUAUAAAAAGAAGCACCUUUAGGUAUCGUGUUGUAAUUUGGGUCUUCAAAAUAUGUGCUUUGUAGAUUUUGUUUGCUUCAUGAUUCAUGAACAUUAGUUUGUGGUCCUGACAGAAUUUACAGGAAGUUUCCUGUCUCCACUUGUUGAUUUUGCUGUUUCUGUUUAAAUUUUUAUUUUUUUAAAGGAAUGUCAAAUUACUUUUUUUCGUUAGUGUUUCACAAUAAGGGAUAAAAAUAUCAAAGAAAUUCUGCUAAAAACUGGCCCCCAUAUAUAGAAUAUUGUGAAAUCAUGUAAAUAACCUGUUUCAUCUCAAGUUGUCAUCAUGUUUAUCAAAGUGUUGAAUUCAUUUCUGUUUUCUGUUUGAUUCUUAGUUGACUUUUAUCAGGCAAAAUACAGGAUUUAUUUGAGGGGUUUUGUUUUCCUCUGUAAGACAAGACAUCUGAUCAAAGUUUUUGUCUUUUAUGUGACUGAUGUUAAAUGAAAAAAAUGUGUAAAUGUGCCUUUAAAUUAUUUGAGAUUCAUUUGUUUAAUUUUCAUAUCAAGUUGAUUUAAUGAAACCAGUUUUAGUUCCUGUGGUCAGUUUUUCUGUGGAUGAGUUGAUUUAGUUGUUUUCUGCUGUGCUGUCAGUUGUGAUUAUUAUUGAAUUAUUUAAAAAACAUUGUGCUCAGGUAAA